AUAAUACUCAUAUAUAUCCAAAUAAUUAAAAUGUCUGAUUUGAGAUUUGAUAAUAAGGUUGUAGUAAUAACAGGUGCAGGAAGAGGUCUUGGGAAAGCAUAUGCGUUAUUUUAUGGAUCUAUGGGGGCUAAAGUAUUAGUAAAUGAUAAUGGAUGUGAUUUAGAUGGAAAAAACACAAAUCCUUAAUUUGCAGAUGAAGUAAAGAAUAUUUCUAAAAAUAGGUUGUAGCAACAAUAAAGAGUAAGGGAGGAAUUGCAGUAGCAAAUUAUGAUUCUGUGUUGAAUGGUGAUAAGAUUAUAGGACAUGCUAUUAAAGAAUUUGGAAGACUUGAUGUUCUUAUAAAUAAUGCUGGUAUUUUAAGAGAUAAAAUAUUGGCUAAAUUAACAGAGGAAGAUUGGGAUAUAGUUGUAAAAGUAAAUAUUAAAAUAUAUAUUAAUAUAGACUCAUCUAUAUGGUACUUUUUCUGUAACAAAGGCAGCUUGGCCAAUAAUGAGAGAUUAAGGUUAUGGUAGAAUAGUUAAUACAUCAAGUGGAUCUGGAUUGUAUGGAACUUUGGGUCAAACAAAUUAUGCAGCUGCAAAAGCAGGAAUUGUUGGAUUGACAUUAACAUUAGCUAAAGAAGGAGAAAGAAGAAAUAUAUUAUGUAAUGUACUAGUACCAGUUGGAGCUUCUAGAAUGACUGAAACUAUAAUGCCACCUGAUGUUUUAACUGGUAUUGAUCCAAAUAAUCUUACACCGAUAUGUAUCCAAUUAAUAAUAUUUUUAAGUGGCUGUUUUAACUCAUGAGUCAAAUAAAGAAUAUAAUGGUGGAAUCUAUGAAUGUUCUGGUGGAUUCUUUUCAAGAGUUAGAUGGUAAAGAACUGAAGGAGUCUCAUUAGACUUACCAGUCAAAAUUAGUGAAGUCUAAAAGAAUUGGGCAAAAAUUAAUGAUUUCUCUGGUAAAAAUGAAUAUCCCACUGGAAAUGCUGAUUUAUUCAAUAAAGUUUAAGAAAAUUUAGAAAGAUUGGAAUAAUAGGCUGCCUAAAAACCUAAAUUAUGAGUUUAGAAAUUAUUUUAUAAAUACAUUGAAC